UCAGAAAAAAAAAAUCAAGUGGGUAAGCGGCCAAAUCUAUCUCUCUCAUUCAAACCCUAGAAGGAAGGAAGAAUUGUUGUUGAAUUUAAUCUUUAAAGAAAGAAAUUGGUAUAUAUAAAGUCAUGAAAAGGUGAAAGGUGGUGGGGGACAAUAAAGAUGGAAAAAGUAGUAAGAAUUGUUGUUCAUAUUAAUAAAUCAAUCUUCUCAGAGGGCCUCAAGGAACGAAACCAAUUCAAAGUUUCUUCCUUUUAAGUUUUAAUUAACCAUUAAAACUCAUAUAAUUCUCUCUCUUUUUCUUUCUCUUUUCUCCCUCUCUUAAAUAAAGUUGGUAAGAAGAAAUGAGUCAUGUAGAAGGAUGCCAUGUCAGAGAAAGGUUUAUCUAAAGAGAGGGAGGAUCAGGAUAUUUUGUUUUGUGUAGAAUCGAUCAACCAACAUGGAGCAGCUUUCUGGAAAGGGUUUUUGGAAAUCCAGUGGAAUUUUUUAUAGUUAAGGGUUUGAUAGUAAUGCUGGGAACAUAUGGGGAGAAAAGGGAGUUGGUUUUCUGCAAUCAAGAAGGUUUUUACAUCCAACUCCAAAGACAAGUUACACAAUGACAUCGAAAAGAAAACUCCUGAUGAAAAGAAGAAGGGGCGAGUGAAAUCAAGAAAUGGAGAAAAUAGAUCUUUCAUUCCUCUCUUUAGAGAGCCAAGUAGCAUUGAGAAAAUCUUGGGCGAAGUUGAUCAAUUAUUGUAUAUCGGACAUCCUACACCUGUCCACCAACCACAACCACCACCGCCACCGCCACCGGAAUCUAUACAUUCCGUCAGGCCGCCCUCUCCAAGGGUCGGUGGCUCUUAUCGAGCCGCCUCUCCUAGGGCGGCUUCCCCACGAAACUCCCCUCCUAGGGCGGCUCAUCGUCGGACAGAAAUUGCGUAUAGACCAGAGCCAACCGUAAGACAACACCAUCUUUCAGCUACCAUAAUCCAAGCUGCCUAUAGAGGUUAUAUGGCAAGGAGGAGUUUUCGAGCUUUGAGGGGUCUAGUGAGGCUACAAGGAGUGAUAAGAGGCCAAAACGUGAAGCGACAAACAAUGAACGCCAUGAAACAGAUGCAAUUGUUGGUGAGAGUCCAAACUCAAAUUCAAUCACGAAGAAUUCAAACGCUGGAAAAUCAAACACUUGAACGCCAAACUUACAAAAACGAAAAGGAAGUGGAAAAUUCAAUCGGGAAAUGGACCUUCAGUAACCUACUGGAAAUGGGGGAUGAACACUGGGACGAUAGUUUGAUAACAAAAGAAGAACAAGAAGCAAGAAUGCAAAGAAAAAUGGAAGCAGUGAUCAAAAGAGAAAGAGCCAUGGCGUAUGCAUACUCCAAUCAGUUAUGGAAAGCGACACCGAAAUCAGCUCAAACCGCUCUGACGGACAUCCGAUCCGGCGGAUUUCCAUGGUGGUGGAACUGGUUAGAACGUCAACUUCCGGCAGAUGAAACUCAGAUUAAGAACCGGAACCCUGAAUUAACACCUACACCACCACGAACAAAUCUCGAUCGGAAAACAAGCCCACGUCCUCAAUCAAGCAUCUUCAAACAGAGUAACUUUUCGUUUGAGAAUCUCGACACGCCGACGCCUAAGUCAUCACGAUCAAUGGUUCCGACGAGGGGGAGACCACUCAUGACUCCGACGCGAACUCCACCGUCGACCACCCCAAACCUAAUGAAAUACUCCAAACCAAAAGGCAGUGCCGCCGGUUCUCCUUACCCGAUGAAAGACGACGACAGCUUGAUGAGCUGCCCGCCGUUUUCGGUUCCGAACUACAUGAGUCCGACGGUGUCUGCUAAAGCUAAAGCGAGACCGACGGGGAAUCUGAAAGAUCGUACGAUGAGCGCGGCGGCGAGCGAGACGUCGUCGAAACGGAGGUUUUCGUUUCCUUUAACGCAGAACAUUGGGGCGUCGUUUAAGUGGAAUAAGAAGUCGUCGAGUAAGGAUUCAACGGCGUCGCAGGCUCCGAUGGUGUUGGAAAAGCAUAAAUCUCCACGGUCGAUUGGGGAUUUGAGUAUGGAUUCCGCCAUUUCUAUGCCGGCGGCGUUUGGGAGGAGACCGUUUAACCGAUUUGUGUGAUUUUUAUUUUUUUUUUUUUUUUUUUGUCGAUUUUUUCAUUUCAAAUAUUGGUGGGUUUUGAUUUUUUUUUUUUUUUUUUUUUUUUUUUUUUUUUAAAUUGGUUGGUAAAAUGAGUGUAUGUUCCUUUACUACAUAUUGGUUGAUUAUAUAAUAUUUUGAUGUAUGAUAAUAAAAAAAACAACUGUUUUGUGUGAAAA